CGUCCAGUAUGAGUUAUCCCUGCCCAAACCAUGAACGAUAGUGAAAAAGCAUCAACACAUGUGUAUUUUCCAUGGAUAGAGCGACUUGCACGUGUAAAUCAUUAACAUUAAGUGGUCCACAUUUCUCCAUUAAUAUGCCUCGAUCGGACAACACCAGCUAUGAGGCUGACGGGGAAACACAGCGGCUCCUUCCAGACGGCAAGAUGGCGGCCAAGAAGGCGUAUGAGAAGUCAGUGAAUGAUUCGGGUUCUGAGAAGUCACGAAGCAAAACCAACGUGAAGUUUGGCGCCACCAAAGUGUUUGUGGUGAUGUCCAUCCUGAUCUGCGAGUUGUGUGAGCGCCUGACGUACUACAGCAUUGUCGCCAACCUCAUCCUGUUCUGCACCAGCACCCUGAAGUACAGCAGUCCAGAUGCAGCCACCAUCAGUCUCGUCUUCUCAGGUGUGGUGUACUUCAUCCCCGUGGCCGGGGGCUACAUCGCCGACGCCAUGGCAGGUCGAUACAACACCAUCCUAGGAGCAGGCCUGAUCUACCUCAUAGGUCUUGUGAUGAUCCCAGCCUCCGCCGUAGACUAUAAAAGCAUGUUCGGUAGGUCGGAGGAUGGGUCGGCCUAUGACAUGUCACAGGAGGCGAGACGAGGAUUCUUCCUGGGAGGUCUGGCGUUUGUAGCUAUCGGAACUGGUGGUAUCAAGGCCAACGUCGGCCCCUUCGGAGCCCAGCAGGUUGAGGGUCUUGGUGAAGCUGCCGUUCAGUCCUUCUUCAACUGGUUCUACUGGUUCAUCAACGCCGGAGCUCUGGUCGCCUACUCUGGGGUAGCUUACCUUCAACAGAACUACAGCUGGGCCUGGGGCUUCUCCGUCCCUCUGUUCAGCAUGAUCCUGGCUCUCGUUGUAUUUGUCCUGGCCAGAAGUCGAUACGAGCACCUGCCUCCUGGAGAGAGCGUGCUGGCCACGGUGUUCAAUGUGUGGCGUAAAGGCUGUGGCGACUUUGAGCGGGUGAAGAAGAGGAACGGCGGGACGAUUAAUGACGCGACUGUAGAUGGCGCUGUCAGUGUGUUGAGAGUCAUGCCUGUGUAUCUACUCAUGAUCUUCUACUGGGCCAUCUACUCCCAGGAUGGGACUUUAUGUAGGUUUGAGGAAAUAGUCAUUAAGCCAAAGGAAAAGUCAGCGGACUUUUAG